AUGGGUCUCUCGCCUGGAUUUACUGUCCUAAUUAUUCUACCGGCCUUUCUGCUGCACACCAGCGGCCUUUACAUCGCCAGUAGCGUUGACUCCCUGCAGCAUGUCCUGGGGGAGUAUGGACUGGUGAGGCCAAUCAGUGUGGACGCAGAGGGCCACUUCCUGUCACACGCUGUCUCGGCUGUCCACAUGGCAGGAGGGCAGUCCCGUAGGCGCCGGAGGAGGGAGGUAGGAGUAGGCAAUGAUGAGCUGUACUACAAUGUCACCGUCUUCGGCCGGGAGUUCCACCUGCGCCUGCGCCACAAUGCCAGGUUGGUGGCCCCCGGAGCCAAGAUGGAGUGGCGUGAUGACAGCGACAGCACCCGGCACUCUGAACCACUGCACGAUGAAUGCCUGUACGUGGGUGACGUCACAGACACACCAGGGGCCUCUGUGGCUAUCAGCAACUGCGACGGCCUGGCUGGCAUGAUCAGGACGGAGCAAGAGGAGUUUUUUAUCGAGCCAGUGGAGAGGGGCCACGGAGUGAUAGAAGAGGAGGAGGAGGAGGAGGGAGGAGGAGGAAGGACGCACAUCGUCUAUCGCUCUUCAGCCGUGAGGAAAGCGCCCGUCGGCAGCGCGGCGGCAGACUACCACUCCAGAGGUGCUGAUCUCGGUGGUCUGAUGGACCUGGAGUCUCUGUACCGCGGCGUGGAGCAGAGCAUCAACCACACGCGAGCGGGCCGAACACGCAGACAGAGCCUGGACAGGGCCUACAACAUUGAGGUGCUGCUGGGCGUCGACGACUCGGUGGUCCAGUUUCAUGGGAAGGAGCACGUCCAGAAGUACCUGCUCACACUCAUGAACAUUGUGAAUGAGAUCUACCAUGACCAGUCUUUGGGAGCAAAGAUCAAUGUGGUGCUGGUGCGGAUUAUCAUGCUGGGCUAUGGCAAGUCCAUGAGUCUGAUUGAGCUGGGGAACCCAUCUCAGAGUCUGGAGAAUGUGUGUCGCUGGGCCUUUCUGCAGCAGAAGCAGGACACAGGGGACGCUGAGUAUCACGACCACGCCAUCUUCCUCACACGACAGGAAUUUGGCCCCACAGGCAUGCAGGGUUACGCCCCAGUGACGGGUAUGUGCCAUCCGGUGAGGAGCUGCACUUUGAACCAUGAGGACGGCUUUUCCUCUGCCUUUGUGGUGGCGCACGAGACCGGACAUGUGCUGGGGAUGGAGCACGAUGGCCAGGGGAACCGCUGUGGAGAUGAGGUACACAUGGGCAGCAUCAUGGCUCCCCUGGUGCAAGCUGCCUUCCACCGCUUUCACUGGUCCAGAUGUAGCAUGCAAGAGCUGGGACGCUACCUUCAUUCCUAUGACUGUCUCCGUGAUGACCCCUUUGACCACAACUGGCCCUCACUGCCUCAGCUCCCUGGUCUGCACUACUCCAUGAAUGAACAGUGCCGCUUCGACUUCGGUGUGGGCUACACAAUGUGCACCGCGUAUCGCACAUUUGACCCAUGUAAGCAGCUGUGGUGUAGCCACCCAGACAAUCCGUUCUUCUGCAAGACCAAGAAAGGACCGCCCAUUGAUGGCACCAUGUGUGGGAAUGGGAAGCAUUGCUUUAAAGGUCACUGCAUCUGGUUGACCCCUGACAUCAUAAAGCAAGAUGGAAACUGGGGUUCAUGGAGUGAGUUUGGCCAGUGCUCCCGCACCUGUGGUGGUGGAGUACAGUUUCGCACACGUGACUGUGACAAUCCAAGACCAGCCAACGGAGGCCGUACCUGCGUGGGAACAACUUACCAGUUCCAGAUGUGCAACGCCAACGAGUGUGAGGAUAUCUACAGUGACACGCGAGAGGAGCAAUGCCACGCUUGGGACCCUCGCUUUGAACUCCACAGCAACAAGCACCACUGGCUGCCUUAUGAACACCCAGACCCUAACAAACGCUGCCACCUGCAUUGCCAAUCCAAGGAGACACAAGAUGUGGUCUUCAUGCAGAGAAUGGUCCUGGACGGCACACGCUGCUCAUACAAGGACCCACACAGUGUGUGUGUGCGUGGGGAGUGCGAGAAAGUGGGCUGUGACGGUGUGGUCGGCUCCUCAAAACAGGAGGACAAGUGCGGAGUGUGUGGAGGUGACAACUCCAGCUGCAAAACCUUCAAAGACACCAUCACCCGGACUGCCAAGAAACAAGGUUUCCUCAAAGUUCUUGAAAUCCCCAGAGGAGCGAGACACCUCCUGAUCCAAGAGUCGAAAGCAACUAAACACACUUUAGCUGUGAAGAACGUGGCAUCAGGACUGUUUUUCAUGAAUGGGGAAAAUGAAUUCCCAAAAUCCCACUCAGUCAUAGAAAAGGGCGUGGAGUGGGAAUAUGUAAACGACAAUGACAAAGAGACCCUUCAGACCACUGGUCCUCUCAGACAUGGAAUUCUUAUCAUGAUGAAAUUACAUGGAGAUGAGGAUGUGAAUUUGUCUUAUAAGUACAUGAUGAACAUGGACAGUGACUCUGCCAUUCAGAACAACAUGCUAGUAGAAGACAGUGCCUAUGAGUGGGCCCCAAAGAGAUGGUCCUACUGCUCCAAGCCCUGUGGUGGAGGGAAGCAGUAUCUGCGAUACGGCUGCAGAAGAAAAGUUGACAGUAAGAUGGUCCACAAGAGCUUCUGUAACAAGUCCAACAUGAAACCUAGAGGAGACACCAGAGACUGCAACCAGAAGCCCUGUCCUCCACCCAUCUGGGUGACAGGGGAGUGGCAGAACUGCAGCAAACCAUGUGGAAAGACGGGCAUGCAAAUACGCUCAGUCAGCUGCGUCCAGCCGUCAGAUGACAACACCACACGCUCCAUCCACAAUAAACACUGCAAUGACGACCGGCCCGAGUCCCGCAGACCCUGCAACCGACAUGCCUGUCCCACCCAGUGGAGAGUCGGACCGUGGUCACAGUGCUCUGUGACAUGUGGAAAUGGGACCCAGCAGAGGCAGGCCCUGUGCCACACCAGGGACAACACCAUUGGCCUGUGUCUGGACAGUAAGCCUGAUACCAUCAGAGUCUGUCGCCUGGAUCCAUGUCCCAGCCAGCGUUGCCAUGGAGACCGCUCCGUGUUCUGUCGUAUGGAGGUGCUGAAACGCUACUGCUCUCUACCGGACUACCAGCGUAUAUGCUGCAAGUCCUGCAGCAAUGUCACCAUCACUGAGCCUCUACCCAACAUCACCUCCAGAUCCACCCCCAUCACCUCUGUCCACCCCAGUGUUACAGCUCCUCCACCCACUAGCACCCUCAGCUCUGGCUUCACCACCAUUCAACCCACCAAACCUGUCGUCACCACCAUUUCGGCUUCUACCACCAGCCCCUGGAUCACCACUCAUCCCCCUACCUUUACCACUCCUGUUCCUCAUUCCACCCCAACCUCACUCAGCACCACAGAUGUGAUCACAAGCCAUCACAAGCCAGAUGCCACCAGCGCUCCUGUCUUCCCUAUCACCUUUUCCAUGGCAACCACAUCAGUCAUUACCACCUCUCCCAGUAUUACUGCUCAUGCCCUGCCACUGCCUGUCCCAGAUAUAGAAGACAGCACAGAUCCACAGUUGCAGAGCACUACAAACAGUCUAACAACAUCUGGUAUGAUAACUACUGUAGACUUUACAGCGGCCACAAGUCCAACAAUCACAAAUCCAGCAGAAUAUAGCACAAAAACAGACACACUGCUAAAAUCCAAGCCAAAAAAGAAUAUUCCUCCAAAGAAAAACCCCAAAAAGGUAAUUCCACCAAAGAUCAAUCUAAAAAAGAAUACUGCACUGAAAAAUACUACAAGAAAAGAUGCUCCACCAAAGAUCAAUCCCAAAAAGAACACAAAUGCUACUCCAAAAAACAAUACUUAUGUGAACAGCAAUUCCAAAAAGAAUUCACCAGAAAAAACAACUCCCAAAAAGACUCUUCCAGAAAAAACAACUCCCAAAAACACUCUUCCAGAUAAAACAACUCCCAAAAAGACUACUCCAUUAAGCACUACCCCCAAAAAGACUCCUCCAGAAAAAACAACUCCCAAAAAGACUACUCCGGCAAGCACUACUCCCAAAAAGACUCCUACAGAAAAACCAACUCCCAAAAAGACUACUCCGACAAGCACUACUCCCAAAAAGACUCCUCCAGAAAAAACAACUCCCAAAAAGACUACUCCGGCAAGCACUACUCCCAAAAAGACUCCUCCAGAAAAACCAACUCCCAAAAAGACUACUCUGACAAGCACUACUCCCAAAAAGACUCCUCCAGAAAAACAAACUCCCAAAAAGACUACUCUGACAAGCACUACUCCCAAAAAGACUCCUCCAGAAAAACCAACUCCCAAAAAGACUACUCCGGCAAGCGCUACUCCCAAAAAGACUCCUCCAGAAAAAACAACUCCCAAAAAGACUACUCCAGCAAGCACUACUCCCAAAAAGACUACUCCCUUGAAGCCUUCUUCUGAGAAAAAACCCAAACCCACACCCAAAAAGGAUGUUCCACCAAAGACAAGUCCCAAAACAAACAUGCAGCCAAAGACAAAAGUGACAAAACAAACUCAAACCAAGACAAACCACAAAACAAACUCAAAACCAGGACCCCAAAAUGCCAAAGACUCACAGGCCAAAGUUAAUCAGAAUAAGGGCACAAUGAAAAAGACUAAUCCAAAAAAGAAAACACAUGAAACAUCUUCUUAUUACACCACAGCUCCCUCUCCAUAUACAAGCCCAGAACCAUCAAAACAGUACAUUUCUUCCACUAUUUCUUCUAGUACUAGUAUAUAUGACCCAUCGAAUUUUAAUGAGUCAAGAGUCAAUGUCACGUUCAUCAGUAACAACACAGACUCUACCGAUGAAACUCCACUGUGGUACCAUGAUGGCACAGCCACCGGAGCAAUAACACCCAGCCCUUUGGAUGAUCCUGUAACUGGUACCAUUCAUUUUGAUGACGUUGCGAUGCCCAGUGGAACCAUGCCAUCUGGUGAUGUCACAAUGAACGGCAGCGGUGAUGUCACAGUGACCAGUGGGACUAUUCUUAGUAGUGAUGAUAUCACAGUGUCCUACAGCAAUGUGGGAGUGGUCAGUGACACCAUGGUGCUGGAUGACGGCCUCACCAUGGUGAUCCCGACCAUCCACAGCGAGGAUCUGACGGAUCUCGCCUCCUCACCCUGGCUGGACCUGUCUGAGUACAUCCCUGUAAGUGUUCCCAUGACAACAUCAGACCCCGUCACUGCUUCACCUCCCACCUCCUUCACUCCUAUGACAGAGAAACCUGCCAUCAUGACCACCACAGGCUCUGCUGUAAGACCUAAGGGAAGAGCUGAGGAGAACGGCGAGAACAAUUCCAUUGACAUCCUAUACAACAGGAUUGUUGGCGCUGACAGCGACAUAUCUCAAAACAACCUGAUCCCAAAGCGCCGGGUCAACCUCAGAGAAAAAACCAGGAACAAGCGCAUUCAGGAGCUUCUGGAGGAGAAGAGGAACUUUCUCCUCAGGAUGAAGAGAGGCCACGCAGCAUGAUAGACCUCCUAAGCCUUCUCAUUUCUCUUAUAGAGAUGAACAUUUUCUUUACAGACUUUUGUAAGUGUUGUUUGAACCCCUCUGUGAACUGCCAUGAUGCUUUCUAUCAGGCCUUUCCACAAAAAAAGCAAAACAAACUCUGUCAUAUCACUAUCAUGACAAUCAGGGCUGCUGCAGAGAGAGAAUAUCAUGGCCAAAUGUUUGAACAGUUGCUUUGAAUAAAGAAAAGCCCUUUAGAGUACAGACUGUUGCAGAUUUGAGGCAAAUCGCCUCGCCUGUGUAAACACAAUAAUGAGAAACAGAAGGGAUGAAAAGUGUAUAUCCAGUUUGACCAGCACUUUACAAAGCCAAGCUUUUAUCCCUCUAAACCACCCACAGUCUUGUUUGAUGACUCACUCAAUGGAUGAUGUAGAUAAGAUGUAAUGUAGUUUGUAAAAUGGUAUUAUCCGUGCUGGCACUUAUGGAGCAACAAAAUCUACAACCUAGAAUCCAAAUCUCCAUCCAAUAUUAUAUUACUGCCCAGGACUGCAGCUCAUUUCCCCCAAACAUAUUAAUACCUCUCAACUCCCUAAUAACUGCUACUGUAGCACAACAUAAAUAUGUUUCAUUUUUAAAUGGCCACCACUCUGAACACCCUGCACACGCAUACACACCUACACAUGCACACACACACACUGCGAAUUGGAGCUUCUGGAGGCCUGAAAGCAAUAUGGUAAUGCCAAACAAUCAAAAAGUCAAAGUUUCCUUUUGGUUUAAUUGCAUUGUGAAAGUUUACACUGCUUGGAUCAUGUUGUCUUUUCCAAAGCAAACAGUCUGGCGGCACGGGGUCUUUCAUCUCUCAGGAAGUUAAGAGUCAGUAUACACUUGGUGCUUCCUGGAUUUUGGUGGUAUAUUUUGAUAUCUCACUAAGCUAGUUGUAAAAACAAAAUUAUUGAAGAGAAAAAUAUAUAUAUAUUGAUUGCAAUCUUUGUUUUUCUUUUUUAACGGUCAGUCAAGUAUGGUGCUGUUUUUUCUUAUGUUUGCUAAAAGCAUUGUCCAUCAUGCAUUCACUUAUAUACAAAAAUACAAAAUACAAAAAAAAUAUGAUAAGCCUGUUUGUAUUAACUGUAUGCACAUAGCAGCUUUGACGGCCAGUAUAUGUUCUUUUCUAAACGUUUUAUCAUUGGUACAUCUCUAACUUGCAGCAACUGCAAAAGCACCUAUGGAUCUU